AAAUACUGUCUCCUUUUUAGUAAACAUUGGUUCUUGCGCAAGGCAUAAUGAACACUUCAUUCAAUCUAACUGGCAUCAAGAACACAUGAACAAAAUUAAGUGGCAAACAAAAUCAGUUUUCUUUCCUUCAUUGAAGGGCUUGUUUAACAAGUGUACUUCCACAUGAAAAUGGAUGUGUACAGCUUUCAACUGUUUUUAAUAUUGCUCAUUAUGACUGUGGAUCGAAUAAGUACACUCGAUGUGUUAUCGUGUAACAAACAGAUGACGAUUCAGCCAUUUCUGACUACACAGAAUAAACAAUUACAGGUCGCUUCAUAUCAACAGUAUGUAGCCCAAUCUCACGUCGUCUGUGUGAGUUACUGCCAUGCUGAUCCUCAGUGCCAAUCGGUCAAUUACAACAUUGACAAUCAUCUGUGCGAGUUAAUCAACACGACCAGGGCUCAGUAUCCUGAUGACUUUGUUACACACUUUGGCAAUGUGUACUUUGAUUCUGUGCGUUAUUACAGCAGUUGCCAGGAGCUUCUUGAUACAGGUUACACUGAAAGUGGUAUCUAUAGUAUACUUCCUACAGGAUUUAACAACACCCUUCAAGUCUACUGUGACAUGGACACUUAUGGUCAGGGUUGGACCGUCAUUCAGAGGCGACAAGAUGGCAGUGAGGACUUCGAUCGAGGCUGGACUGACUACCGUAUCGGGUUCGGCAACUUAUCCGGUGAAUUCUGGCUAGGAAACGACAACCUACGCACCCUGACUGAGUCCAUCGGACCGUGGAAACUUCGAGUCACUUUAGAAGACUGGUAUAAAAAUGAAUCGUGGGCCGAGUAUGAAUCCUUGCAGAUCACGGGCGACAACUUCACUAUUCACUUUGACUCGUACAAUCGGGAGAGUACCGCUGGGAACGCCCUGGGAUGGCACUUAGGUAUGAAGUUCUCUACACGAGACAAUGAGAAUGAUUUGAAACCUGACGUCAACUGCGCAGUACGUCACAAGGGAGGCUGGUGGUACAACUCGUGCGUGGACACCAAUCUGAAUGGUAUGUAUAUCAAAGGGCCAACAGAGUACUUUUUUGGGAUCUUUUGGCAGCAGUGGCAGGAUUACAGCGUUAUGAAAAAAUGCUCCAUGAUGAUACGCCUCUCAGAAUAAUUGGACAAAAAACUUGAGUGAAAACAAAAUCUUGCUUUUGUGUCUUUAGAGACAAUCAAUAUACCUUAAUCAUGCCUAGACCAUCUUUCAAAACUUUGAGAACAAUAAGAACUCA